AUGCCGACUCGAGUUCCUUACAACGGUGCCUAUCGCAAACUGAUCCUAGCCUUCGACAUCGGCACGACGUUCAGUGGAAUUUCGUAUAGCAUUCUCGACCCAGGCGAAAUCCCUGUCAUACGGGGCGUAACGAGCUAUCCUGCCCAGGAGCAUGUAGGAGGCGAUUCGAAGAUCCCUACCAUCAUCUAUUACGAUCGUGACGGCAGAGUACAAGCAGUCGGGGCUGAGGCCAUCCGCGAGAAUAUAGACGAGCUCGUCGAAGACGAAGGCUGGAUGAAGGCAGAAUGGUUCAAACUGCAUUUGCGUCCCCGGACAACGUCGGCAGCACAUGUCAGCGAGAAAAUCCCCCCAUUACCGAGAGGAAAGACAGCUGUCGAUGUCUUCGCCGACUUUCUGCAAUAUCUCCACAAAUGCGCCCAGAGUUACAUCGAAGAAACACACGCUAACGGCCCUGAGCUUUGGUGUAGCCUCGAAGAUCGGACUGACUUCGUGCUGACGCACCCGAAUGGAUGGGAGGGUGGGCAGCAAGGCCUCAUGCGCAAGGCUGCCCUCAUGGCCGGCCUGGUGCCGGACACAGAGGCAGGGCGAGCCCGUCUGUCGUUCGUCACGGAAGGCGAAGCCAGCCUACAUUUCUGCAUUCAAAGUGGUUUGACGACCGAGGCUAUCAAGAAUGGCAAGGGCAUCCUGAUCAUUGACGCCGGCGGCGGAACAGUCGAUAUUAGCGCCUACAAGAAAACAUCUGAUAGUGGCCGUUCAUACGAGGAAAUUGCCGCCCCACAAUGUCAUUUUCAGGGAUCGAUAUUUGUAACGAAGAAUGCGGAAGCGUACCUGAACGAUCUUCUCCAAGGGUCUAAAUUUGUCGCGGACAUCCCAAACAUGACGGAUCGCUUCGACAAGACGACGAAGUUGCGGUUCGUGAAUUCCGAGGAGCCCCAAUACAUCAAGUUCGGUACCCCACGAGACAAGGACCUUAGUCUCAACAUUCGCUCCGGGCAACUGAGACUUCCUGGAGCUGAGGUGGCUAAAUUUUUUGAGCCGUCAAUCAGGUGCAUCACCAAGUCCAUCGAUGACCAGUGCAAUUCAUCUGAGGCUCAAAUCUCAUCAGUUUUCCUCGUUGGAGGGUUUGCGUCCAGCAAUUGGCUAUUCAACACUCUCAAGAACACUUUUACACCCCAGGGUAUGGACGUCAGUCGUCCAAAUAGCCACACCAAUAAGGCUGUCGCCGACGGGGCGGUGUCCUUUUACAUCGACCAUUUCGUGGAAACCCGGAGCACAUGGCUCGCAGAAGCCAAGUAUUUACGUCUUGGGACGGCAUAA